AUGACUUCGUUCGACGCCUAUACGGACCGCGCAGCCAAGGCGCUGGCCGACAGCUUCGAGCUGGCCAAGGGCUAUGCACACUCACAACUCACACCCAUCCACCUCUCAGUGUCGCUGAUAGAUCCGCCGAAGGACCUCGCAAACCAAAUCGACGUUCCCCCACCGCCGCUAUUCAAGCAGGUCCUCGAACGCGCAAAUGGCGACGCACAACUAUUCGAGCGCUCUCUCAAGAAGGCAUUGGUACGGUUACCAAGCCAAGAUCCUCCGCCAGAGCGCACGUCGCCCUCACCUGCUAUGGCCAAGGUCCUCCGUGCGGCUGAAGACUUGAGCAAGACACAGAAGGACAGCUUCAUCGCCGUCGACCACCUCAUCAUGGCACUCUGCCAGGACGCGUCGAUACAACGAUGUCUCGCCGAAUCCAACGUCCCAAACACUAAGCAGAUCGACAACGCCAUCCAGGCACUCCGAGGAACCAAGCGGGUAGACUCAAAGACGGCAGAUGCAGAGGAGGCCAACGAGAAUCUCAAGAAGUUCACAAUAGACAUGACGGCAAUGGCACGAGAAGGCAAGAUUGACCCGGUCAUUGGCAGAGAAGAGGAGACUCGACGAGUUGUCCGAAUUCUGUGCAGACGAACCAAGAACAACCCUGUUCUCAUUGGAGAGCCCGGUGUCGGUAAGACUACAGUUGUCGAGGGUCUUGCCCGCCGCAUCGUCGACGCAGACGUGCCAGCCAACCUGGCCGCCUGUAAGCUGCUCUCUUUGGAUGUUGGUGCCCUGGUCGCCGGCAGCAAAUACCGUGGAGAGUUCGAAGAGCGCAUGAAGGGUGUCCUGAAAGAGAUUGAGGAGUCCAAGGAGAUGAUAGUAUUGUUCGUGGACGAAAUCCAUCUGCUCAUGGGUGCUGGUUCUUCCGGAGAAGGUGGCAUGGAUGCUGCCAACUUGCUCAAGCCCAUGUUGGCUCGUGGACAGCUCCACUGUAUCGGUGCGACAACGCUCGGCGAAUACAGGAAAUACAUAGAGAAGGACCAGGCUUUCGAGCGACGAUUUCAGCAGGUCCUUGUCAAGGAGCCGUCGAUUCCUGAGACCAUCUCCAUCCUUCGUGGUCUCAAGGAGCGAUACGAAACCCAUCACGGAGUCAAUAUCAUGGACGGAGCUAUUGUCUCCGCCGCUACAUUGGCUGCUCGGUACCUCACACAGCGUCGUCUUCCCGAUUCAGCUGUCGAUCUCAUCGACGAGGCUGCUGCAGCCGUUCGAGUCAGCCGAGAGUCACAGCCAGAGGCCUUGGACAACCUCGAGCGCCGUCACCGACAGCUGCAAAUCGAAAUCCACGCUCUAUCUCGUGAGAAGGAUGAAGCUUCGCAGCAGCGUCUGAAGGAAGCACGAGCAGAAGCUGCUAACAUUGAGGAGGAGCUCAGACCACUUCGCGAAAUGUACGAGAAGGAGAAGGGCCGCAGCAAGGAGAUCCAAGAGCAGAAGCAGAAACUCGACGGUCUUAAGACCAAGCUCGCCGAGGCAGAGCGUAUGCGCGACAUCCAGACAGCCUCUGAUCUCAAAUACUACGCCAUCCCUGACGUCGAGCAACGCAUUCAUGACCUCGAGAAGGACAAGGCCAAGGCAGAUGCUGAGAUGUAUGCUCACAGUGCUGGUGACAAUCAAGGAUUCCUCAGCGACAAUGUCGGUCCAGAUCAGAUCAACGAGAUUGUAGCACGCUGGACCGGUAUCCCAGUCACGCGACUCAAGACCACCGAGAAGGACAAGCUGCUCAACAUGGAGCGCCACCUCGGUGCCAUUGUCGUUGGCCAGAAGGAAGCUGUACAGUCUGUCUCCAACGCUAUCCGCCUUCAGCGUUCUGGUCUCGCCAACCCUAACCAGCCACCUUCCUUCCUCUUCUGCGGUCCAUCAGGUACCGGUAAGACGCUUCUCACCAAGGCGCUCGCCGAGUUCCUCUUCGACGACCCCAAGGCCAUGAUCCGCUUCGACAUGUCCGAAUAUCAAGAGCGCCACUCCCUCAGCAGGAUGAUCGGAGCACCACCCGGCUACGUCGGCCACGACGCGGGCGGCCAGCUCACCGAAGCCCUCCGUCGCAAACCCUUCUCCAUCCUGCUCUUCGACGAAGUCGAAAAGGCCGCCAAGGAAGUCCUCACCGUCCUUCUCCAGCUCAUGGACGAUGGCCGCAUCACCGACGGCCAAGGCAGAAUCGUCGACGCAAAGAAUUGCAUCGUCGUCAUGACAUCCAACCUCGGCGCCGAGCACUUAUCCCGCCCCAACGCGCCCGAUGGCAAGAUCGAUCCCACCACCAGGGAACUUGUCAUGGGCGCCCUGCGCAACUAUUUCCUGCCUGAGUUCCUCAAUCGUAUCUCCUCCACUGUCAUCUUCAACCGCCUCACCAAGCGCGAGAUCCGCAGCAUCGUCGACGUUCGCCUUGCGGAGAUCCAGAAACGGCUGCAGGCUAACGGGCGCAAUGUGCGUAUUGAAAUGACCAAUGAGGUGCGUGAUUAUCUGGGCUCCGCUGGAUACAGUCCUGCGUAUGGAGCUAGGCCGCUUGCGCGCUUGAUCGAGAAGGAGGUGUUGAACCGCAUGGCGGUGCUCAUCCUCCGCGGCGCGAUCAAGGAUGGAGAAGUUGCGCGCGUGGUGCUGGAUGAUGGACAUAUUCUCGUCUUGCCGAAUCAUUCGGACUCGGAGGAGGAUUCAGAUAUGUAUGAUGAAAGCGAUGCGGCGGCGGAAUUGGAUGCCGAUGAUAUGGAUGAGGAUCUGUAUGAUUAG